GCUAUGACGUCAGCGUACGCAAUCGACGUCUGCCCAAACGCCGCAAAAAUCAAAACGGCAUAGCUAUGCUUUUCUAUUCGUUUUUCAAGUCUCUGGUGGGUAAAGACGUGGUAGUGGAGCUAAAAAACGACCUGAGCAUAUGUGGAACUCUUCAUUCAGUUGACCAGUACCUCAACAUCAAACUGACAGACAUCAGCGUCACCGAUCCGGAGAAAUACCCGCACAUGUUGUCGGUGAAAAACUGCUUCAUCCGCGGCUCGGUGGUGCGCUACGUGCAGCUGCCCGCCGACGAGGUGGACACGCAGCUGCUUCAAGACGCCGCACGCAAAGAAGCCAUGCAGCAGAAGCAGUGAUCGCAGUUGUGGAUGGGGGUAGGGUGUUUAUUAUUUCUUCGGGGUAGGGUUGUCACAAAGAAGACUUAUUUUACGUACAUUUAAAAAGACGCCAGGCAUGGGUUCAUCUUUGUUAGCCUGUGCUCAACUCCAUGUUUGACAUUAAGAAGACAUCUUCGCAAAAAUUUGAAUCAUGAUGACAAUAAUUUAUCUUGAAAAUAUCAUAGAAGGAUUUGGUUGUUUUAAUUUCAAGUGAAAGAAACUUUGAGUCAACAGAGCCCAGCGGAUUUCAUACUUUCCUUAGUUUGUUUACUGUUUUUAAAAAAUGGCAGACUUUUGUAUGAAACGGGUAUUUUUUUUAGUCAUGUUUUGAUGUCUACUUUCAUUAUUAUUAUUAUUUUUUUUACUCCUUUUUUUUUUUUUUUUUUUUUACUCUGACUUUAUUUUUGGGCUCAAUGGAACAGAAAGUUGCUUUGUAAAUGACAGCGUUUCUGGGAAAUAA